AUGACCACGCUGGCCGGAGCUGUGCCCAGGAUGAUGCGGCCGGGCCCGGGGCAGAACUAUCCGCGCAGCGGGUUCCCGCUGGAAGUGUCCACCCCCCUCGGCCAGGGUCGAGUCAACCAGCUGGGCGGUGUGUUUAUCAACGGCAGGCCGCUGCCCAACCAUAUCCGCCACAAGAUCGUGGAGAUGGCCCACCACGGGAUCCGGCCCUGCGUCAUCUCCCGCCAACUGCGCGUGUCCCACGGCUGCGUCUCCAAGAUCCUGUGCAGGUACCAGGAGACCGGCUCCAUCCGGCCUGGCGCCAUUGGCGGCAGCAAGCCCAAGCAGGUGACGACGCCUGACGUGGAGAAGAAAAUCGAGGAAUACAAACGAGAGAACCCGGGCAUGUUCAGCUGGGAAAUCCGAGACAAAUUACUCAAGGACGCGGUCUGCGACCGCAACACCGUGCCCUCAGUGAGUUCCAUCAGCCGCAUCCUGAGGAGUAAAUUCGGAAAGGGGGAGGAGGAGGAGGUCGACCUGGAGCGGAAGGAGGCAGAGGAGAGCGAGAAGAAGGCAAAACACAGCAUCGACGGCAUCCUGAGCGAGCGAGCCUCAGCACCUCAGUCGGAUGAAGGCUCAGACAUUGACUCUGAACCCGAUUUGCCACUAAAGAGGAAACAGCGCAGAAGCCGAACCACCUUCACAGCAGAGCAGCUGGAAGAAUUGGAGCGUGCCUUUGAGAGAACCCACUACCCUGAUAUUUACACCAGGGAGGAGCUGGCACAGAGGGCAAAGCUCACCGAGGCCCGAGUGCAGGUCUGGUUUAGCAACCGCCGCGCAAGAUGGAGGAAGCAAGCUGGGGCCAAUCAACUGAUGGCUUUCAACCAUCUCAUUCCGGGGGGAUUCCCUCCCACCGCCAUGCCCACCUUGCCAACAUACCAGCUGUCGGAGACCUCAUACCAGCCCACUGCUAUUCCACAAGCCGUGUCAGACCCCAGCAGCACCGUGCACAGACCUCAGCCACUCCCCCCGAGCACCGUACACCAAAGCACUCUUCCUUCGAACCCGGACAGCAGCUCUGCCUACUGUCUCCCCAGCACCAGGCAUGGAUUUUCCAGCUACACAGACAGCUUUGUGCCUCCGUCCGGACCCUCCAACCCCAUGAACCCCGCCAUUGGCAAUGGCCUUUCACCUCAGGUAAUGGGACUCCUGACCAACCACGGUGGGGUACCGCAUCAGCCCCAGACCGACUAUGCUCUCUCUCCUCUCACCGGGGGCCUUGAACCUACCACCACGGUGUCGGCCAGCUGCAGUCAGAGACUAGACCACAUGAAGAGCUUGGACAGUCUGCCAACAUCUCAGUCCUAUUGUCCACCCACCUACAGCACCACAGGCUACAGUAUGGACCCUGUCACAGGCUACCAGUAUGGGCAGUAUGGACAAAGUGCCUUUCAUUAUCUCAAGCCAGAUAUCGCAUAA